CUGUUGUUUCAGCAUCAUCGAGAGAGAGAGAGAGGGAGAGAGAGGAUGGCUCGUGGAAUGCUGGAGGUUUUUCUGGUCGAUGCGAAGGGUCUCAAUAACACCGAAUUGAUGGGGAAGAUGGACCCGUAUGUUCUGAUCCAGUGCAGGGGCCAUGAAAGCAAGAGCUCCGUCGCCAGAGGCCAAGGAAGCAACCCAAAAUGGAACGAGAAGUUCAUAUUUCCAGUACACUUUCCUAAAGUUGAUGAUCCCUGCAAGCUCGUGCUAAGGAUCUUAGACGAGGACACCUUCUCUAACGAUGAUUUCGUUGGCGAAACUACGAUAUACUUGACAGACUUGAUCUUAUCAGGAGAAGUAAAUGGUGUAGCUGAAGAAAAAGUUCGUCCUUAUAAUGUCCUUCUAGCAGACCGUACAUACGGAGGCCAGAUUCGAGUUGGUCUAACAUUUACAUUUACGGGAGAGGAUACGGAAGUGCAGAAAAGUUGUGCUGAUCCAGAAGAGGAAUUUGGUGGGUGGAAACACAGUUCAUUGGACUAGAGAAAGCAAAGUACGGUGGCCCAUGUGGUCUAAUUGCAAUCCUACCAUAUCGUUUCUCUUAAGACAUAACCAACGAAAAAUGAAGUCAUACUGUUUGUUGUGGGUGGCUUGUAAAUUAUAUAUGAAUUUCCAUUUGUUAUUGGCACUGUGAGUGCAAUUGUCACCUUGUAUGUCUACGUGGCUUGAUACCUCCUACCUAGGGUAGGACCUAGGACGUAUUGUUUUCUUCGCUGUACUUGUGUAACUUGUGUAGAGCUUAAGAAAUUAGCUCGGUUUGAGAGACAGCAUGAAGUAAGAUUGGCCGUUUUUGCUUUUGAUUUGCCUUUGUUAUAAAAAAUUAUCAAUUGAGUUGUGGGGAUGAAGCUGGUG